CAAUCCGUAUGCUCGAUGUCGUUAAUAAAAAUCCUUCUCCUUUCCUUUUCUUGUGGUCGCCCUUAAGAGUUAAUGGUUUCUUUCUAGUCUCAUUAUUUCUAACGUACGCAUCGUCAUUGCAUCCCCCCAUUCGUUCUGUUAAAUGCCUCAAUAUUUUCUACAGAGUCGCGCCGUCACCAUUUCUCUGACCAUACUCCCAGCCUUGGUCUCGAUCGUCGUGUCGCUGCGCUUCUUGAGAAAUGUCUCGAACCACACAAGCAAAAUUCAAGGCCGAAUCCCACCCGACAACUUGGCAGUAGACGCGAGGGACAAGGGGAGCAUUGAGCCACCUCAAAAACCUUACAGUCUUCCUCCGGAAUUGAACUCAGAGGACUCGGAGUGGGUGGUGGCAUAUGAGCGAGUGGUAUCGCAACAGAUACCGACGUCGGCACUUAAACUCCCUGCAACUAUCGGCACCAACGCCGACAUUAUUGAACAUCCGUCGCCUUUAAUGACAGCCUAUUCCAGAGCAACGCAGCUCGCCUUCGCUUCUACACCUCAAGCAUUUUUGAUGCGUCUAUUUACCAGAGAUGUCCAGGCAAGGCGUACCUUCGACAGCGACUGGAUCCAACGCCUCGCAUUUUCGAGGGGCGACGCUGUGAAUGGCGCUUACAAGGUCACCUAUCAAGGACCGGGUAAGGUGCCAGGCUCAGAGAGGAUCGAACUAAUGAUUGAGGCUCCGCCAUCCUACGAAGGACAUGUGCCUCGUGGCCUAAUUCUCUCCGAAGUGGUGUUUUCUGAUGAGCACAUCGUCACCUUUGUGAAUGAGACUUGGAUGUGGAGGCGACGUGACGAGGCACCCACCUUGGUUGAAACACCUUUCGGGUCCUGGUUCCAUUCAUUGGUCGCUAGCUGGCUAGUUAUUAAUGGCGUCCGGAAUGUAGUGACCGGUAGCCUGUAAAGGAGUUGAUUCGGCAAAGUAUUACUAAGGACCGGCUGUAAAAGGUGAAUAAAAUAAUAAUAACGUGGGUUUUCUUACAGAUAGAAGGGUACUGCAUGGUAUUGCCUAAGACAAGCCUGGAUAGGCUGACGAUCCAUUCCAUUCCCAUCUAUGCAGCUACUUCUAGAAUGGAUGUAUCAGAUUUUAGGUGAACUUUUAUAUCCAUUGUUCUGUGUGUAUCCCUUCUCCUUUUAGGGUUCAAGGCAGCCUCUAUGCGCCUAGCAACUAUCAACAAUUCAGCAUUCAUGUAGGGGGCUACAUAAUUGGAAAACACAUAAUGUACACUAUCAGCAAGUGGAUCAAAUCAGUGAAAGGAUCAAGAAGUUCAACCCUCAACAUAGAAUAUUAGAUAAAACUAUAAUAAAGCAUCUAACCUCG